AGCGUAUUCACGGUCAAUAUGCGUCUGCCCAGCUCCUCCCGGGUCAGACUGAAAUAGUUAUGAUUCAAACUCCUCCUUAUGUCCUAUAGUUGUUAGCCAACUUUGAGAUGUUUUCUUUGAACAGCGCACGUCUGCAGCAGCACAAAAUACUUUUCUCGUAAGUCGUCUGACUGAAAUACAUUUUUUCCGAGCGCAGCUUUGCUUUAAAAGUGCCAUUUAGCAUAUUCCGUGCUCUACACCUCGACACCGUCGACUGACCUGAAUUCGCUUUACGUCAAUGGAAAAUCUGUCAAAAACAGUCGCAGCUGAUGCUGCAAAAGACCCUAAGCCACCAACCAGUGGAGUUACUUGUGACAACGUGUCCCUGCCAUCUUAUAAGGACUAUCCAGUGCACAGUCCCUUCAUCAACACACAACUGAGUCACACUCCUCAAACACACACACAGCAGUCAUGGCGAGCACCAUCACCCAGUAAGGCUUUCCCAGAGAGCAGCAGUGCAGCAAUCUUAUCUGCCCUGAGGAAUCUUCAGGAGAAGAUUAGGAGGUUGGAAUUGGAGAAAGGACAGGCAGACGUGAUGAGCUCACUAACACAUCUGCAGAGUGACAAAGUCGCACAGAAACUUCUGAGUAAUCAGGUUGAAAAAGUGAGAGAUAAGAGUGACCCAACCAACUGCAACCAUGUGUUGAUCACACACCUGGCAGCAGCAGAAUCUCGCUGCAUGAAGUUAGAGCGGCAGCUGGAUCACAUGAGGAAGAUGUUGCGAAACUCCAAGGCCGACAGGAGCAACUUGGUCAAACAGCAGAUUUCCAUGGAUGCAACCAAAGUAGCUGAUCGACAGCUGGACACAGUGUCUGAGCAUGUUCAUCUAGAGAAGCUGGAGCGACUGGAGCAGGAUUAUCUGAGACUCACGCGCACACAGAGGAAUGCUGAGAUGAAGAUUCAUCAGCUGGAGAUGAAGCUCCAUGAAGAGGAACACCAGAGAAAGCUCAUCCAGGAUAAAGCCAUCCAGCUGCAGACAGGUUUGGAGGCCAACAGGAUCCUGCUGCAGUCAGUGUCGCCCUGCCUGUCCACCAGACAGUCCAAGGAAAAGAAGCUUAAUUCUCAGAAACCUUUUCCACAGCCCUCCCUAUACUCAGAACCACACUAUCAUCUUAGCCUCAGAGAUGUGCCAUUUGUUGCUGGAACGUCCGUGGGCUGCAGCCACUCAGUCCGAGCAAACGUCCAGUCCGUUUUGUCACUUCUAAAGCAACACCAGCCUCAUCUCUGCAACAGCCGUGUGCUCUCCGACAACGUGAACGGGCAUUACGACAGCUCCUCCUCUUCCUCCUCUGCUAACGGAGAAGAGUUGUCCGAGCUGCUGCAUGCACUACACGAGGAGCUGCGACUCAUGAGUGUGGAGCAUGAGGAGUUGAUACGGCAGGUGAAGAACAGUGUGUCUGAGCUGGAAAGAAGAGAACUUCAGCGGGAACAGGAGAGCUUGUUGUUAAAAAUGGAGAGGAAGGGAGAUCAGAUCAGUAAACUGUACAAACACAGAACACAGAUAAAGAAGUUAAGAAAAGAUGCCAACUCCAGAUGGAAGAGCAGAAACGACGUAUCCACAAGAGGGCGCUCUGCUGCACCAGUCAAGCUAAGACCAGGUGAGAGAAGCAAGAGGAAUCUGAGACUGCUGAGGGACAUGAAAGCUCUGCAGAGCUCGCUACGGACCUGAUGGCUUAACAUGACACAAACACAACUACACCGCUCCAUCUAGUGUUCAAACUACCAGAGUCAGAGUUUGACAGUUUUAAUGGCUAUAGGUUUGGGAUCAAGAAAGGAAAUCAAGGUUGUUUUUUUUUAUUUUGCAAGUGAUCCAGAUAUAGAUCUGAAUUCCAGAAUUGUUACCAUUGUGAGAUACAGUGGAACCUCGGUUGUCUAACGCCUCCCUUUUUCCCUAUGAGGAACAUUGUUUCAGUUUUUGAACUUUUCAGUUCACUAAAGAGUGCCUCAGAAAAGAAUUAAGUUUGAAAACCGAGGUUCCUCUGUAUAGUCAUGUGUUGAUUCUGUGUUGAAGUGAGUGGACGUGGUUAAUGUUUUUGCUCUUUUUUUUCCAGUUCCUCUUUCUACAGAACUUACUAUUCACACAUUGUUGUUUUGUAAUGGUGCUGUACACACCAGAUAUCCUCUGUGUGGUUGCAUCAACUGUUAGUAGCAAGUAAGUAAAUAGUAAGAAAGACAAAGUGGGAUGAAACAUGUUUGUUUGCAAUUUAAUAUGAAUAAGGCUACCUUAAAACCCUGAUGUGUUUUACUGAAUAGUGUGAGGAGUUAUAUGCACCUAUUAUCCAAAUAAAGGCUAUAACUCCUUAAUUGCAUACGGAGACACUUGUAUUUAUUCAUCUUUGGAAUUGACUUUGACAACAAAGCUGUUUGGGUGAAAAUGUAUUUCUUGAGAAAUAAAAACUUUGAUAUUCAGACA